CUUAUGUAUUAUUUGAAGUACCGUCGAAUGUCAUAUUAAUGAAUACCAGGCCUUCAAUUUGGACAUUGUUCUCUUACUAUUUAAUCCCAGACAGUGCAGAAACUGCCUCUUGGCUUACAAAAGAAGAACGAAAGUUGGCCGUCGAACGUUUAAACGAUGAGCCUUCACAUGCUCAUGAAUCUUAUAGUGAAAUUCAUCAAAUUGUGGACGCUUUUAAAGAUUGG